GCUGACGCUGUCCUGACCUCAGUUCCGGGUAAAAUGGCGGUUCUGCGUGCUGUUUUGUGGGGUGUAGGUGUAAGGUUGUCGUUCGGUACUGGCAGGACUCCGUUCCGACAGGUUUGUGUGCACCAUUAUAGAUGUUGUAGUAGUACCCAUUUUACGAAGCCAGAAUAUCCUGCAUUUAACAAGUCAUCCCUUCGAAACAGCACACUAUCAAGAUUUUUCAGAACCUCUACUGCUGUUAAUGGCCAGGUUGUUCAGUUUAAACUUUCUGAUAUUGGAGAAGGAAUUACCGAAGUUCAUGUGAAGGAAUGGUAUGUAAAGGUAGGAGACACGGUGUCACAGUUUGACAGCAUCUGUGAAGUUCAGAGUGACAAAGCAUCAGUUACAAUAACGAGCCGAUAUGAUGGUGUAAUUCGAAAAAUUUAUUACAGUGUGGAUGACACAGCUUAUGUGGGCAAACCACUGAUUGAUAUAGAAACAGAAGCUGUAAGAGAUGUUGGACCAGAGCAGGAUGUUGUUGAAGCUCCUGCAGUGUUGAAUGAGGAACACACGCACCAGGAAAUAAAAGGGCAGAAAACACUGGCAACUCCAGCUGUACGCAGACUUGCCAUGGAGAACAAUAUUAAGCUAAGUGAAGUGGUUGGGACUGGAAAAGAUGAACGAAUCCUCAAAGAGGAUAUACUAAACUACUUGGCUAAACAAACUGGGGCCAUUUUACCACCAUCACCUGAGAUUAGUCCGCCUCCACCGGAGCAAGUUCUAUCUAAGCCUAAAGAGGUGCCACCUGUUUCUAAACCAAUAACUCCAAUGUUGGCAUUUACUGGAAAAGAUAAAACUGAGCCAGUUAAAGGGAUCCAGAAGGCUAUGGUAAAGACCAUGUCCGUUGCUCUGAAAAUUCCUCAUUUUGGCUACUGUGAUGAAGUGGAUUUAACUCGUCUUGUGAAGCUACGGAAAGACCUGAAAGCUGUGACUGAAGAUCGAGGGAUCAAGCUCUCUUUCAUGCCAUUCUUUCUAAAGGCAGCAUCUUUGGGUUUGUUACAGCAUCCUAUCCUAAAUGCUUCACUGGAUGAGAACUGCCAGUUUAUAACUUACAAGGCUUCCCACAAUAUUGGCAUCGCAAUGGAUACGCAGCAAGGUCUGAUUGUUCCAGUUGUUAAGAACGUACAGGUUCUUAGUGUUUUUGAGAUUGCAGCAGAAUUAAACCGGCUGCAGACUUUGGGCUCUGCCAAUCAGCUGGGGACAAAUGAUCUCACUGGAGGGACAUUUACUCUCUCCAACAUUGGCUCGAUUGGCGGUACCUAUGCUAAACCUGUCAUACUACCUCCAGAGGUGGCUAUUGGAGCUAUUGGAAAGAUACAGGUCCUCCCCCGAUUUAAUGAUAAAGGUGAAGUGAUCAAGGCUCAAAUCAUGAACGUUAGCUGGUCGGCUGAUCACCGGAUUAUCGAUGGAGCCACAAUGGCCCGCUUUUCAAAUCUUUGGAAAUCUUACUUGGAGAACCCUGCAUCCAUGCUGCUAGACCUAAAGUAAAGGCAGGUCAUUGAUAAACAACAGCUUACUACAACAGACCAGCUUCAAAGAAGAGAAAUGGGUUUUUAUUUUGAUGUGAUUUAUAAAUGUUGCCACUAUCUUCUCUCUCGGUUUUGUAUUCUGAACAGUGACUUGUCUAAAGCAGUUUAUAUCUGGUAGAGAUUAGGUUUUGGUUCUUUUAUUAAGCUAAGUGGUGGAAGGGGCACAAUACUUGAAGGGUGAAAUUUACAUUGAACACAUGAUUAGAGAAUAGUCUCUUCUCCGUUUCCCCUUCAUUCAAACCACACCUCCCUUUAACACACCGCUCCCCCCCACCCACCCACCCAACCCCCACCCAACCCCAAGAAAAAUAAUGGUUAGGCCAUUGUGGGAAUCUGGCAAUUGUAGCAUCUACUUUUAACUGCUGAAACACAGGCCAUAAUUCAAUUAAAGCAGUUUGCAGCCUAAUUUAUCUUAUAUCCUUGUGCCUUUAAGCACUAAGAUUUUUUUUAAGCUGUCAGAAUAAACAUGGUUCUUCUGUUACAUAAUGGCUGCAGAAAUUGUCCCUUAUAAAAGUUUUACAAUCAAUUAUGGAAUGUUCGAAAUGUACAGAACCCCAUAGCAUGUUCAUUAAUCUGCACUGUUGUAAUAAAACCGGUCGAGUUAUUACUUAUGUUUUGGCGCAGAAAUACCACUCAGUGCUCAAAUGGUUUAUGUAGUUUUAUUAACCUGACAACUUCCAGGUUCUGAUUACAUGAGAAUCGUUAUAUUCCAACACUAAUUUAAAGUCCAAAGAUCAUGUGCAAAAUAUAUACAGUAUACAAUUGUUCUGAUCCUUACAAGAUUGGUUGCAAUAAAUAUUUACUGUGAAAUAA